CUCUCUCUCUCUUUCUUUUCUUUCUUUGGUUUUUCUCUUUCUUUGAUCUUUUGGGUUCUGUGUUUUUGACUUGGACUUCUCUUCCCUCACGCUCACAAGUAAAAACUGCAAUAGUAAUGAACCAUCACUCGCUCUCUAUCUAAACCAAAAAAAAUUUCAAUCUUCUCUGCUACUGAACCUUCUUUUUUUCAUUUUUUUUUUAAUCAUCUUCUUCAUAAUCUGGCCCCCCCAUCAACCCCCAAAUCUAUCUUUUUUCUCUUAUUCCACUACCCACUAUCUAUUUUUGCUAACCUACGCAGCUCCAGCUCGGCGAUGGGCGUACUGCACCAACGCCAUCACUGCAGCAGCCAUUACGUUAGGCUAUCAACUCUCACUGCCUUUUUCACUUUUCUCUGCUUAUUUGUUUCAACUUCAACCUCUUCUGCUCUAACUCUCACCCAACUCGGUGGAUUGGAGAGUAAAGAAAGUGGGGAAGUUGCAUUGGAGCGAGUUCUGAGUCAGAAGAGACUGACUGGACCGGGUUCAUCACCACCCACUUGUAGAUCCAAGUGUGGAAGGUGUUCACCUUGUAAACCUGUUCACGUUCCUAUUCAACCUGGUUUGAGUUUUCCUUUGGAGUAUUAUCCUGAAGCUUGGCGAUGCAAGUGUGGGAACAAGCUCUUCAUGCCUUGAAGAAAAAGAAAAAGAAAAAAAAAAAAUCUAAAAGCUAUAAUUAGCUAACAGUACAGGGAACAAGAAAGAGAGGAGAAAAUCUUCUUCUUUUUUUUUUUUUUUUUUUUUUAAGGUUUCAUAUAUAUUUUGAUUUUCUGUCAGUAAUUCUUAUUAUUUUUAGCAUUAUUAUGGUUUUUUUUUUUUUUCUCUUUUUAACUUCGUUUUGAUUAAUGUUUAUAUUACUAUUUGCGAGAGAGAUUUUGGUUAAAUGUGGUGGGGGACAAGAGAGCGUUGGGAAUGUAAGAUUUGUAGGUGAGAUUAUCGAGAGGGAUCUCUCUCUAUUUCCCUCUCUCUUUGUUUAUGAUGAUUAUAUAUAAUUUUCCUUUUUCUUUUUUUUGCACUUGCAUUAAUGCAAGUUUAUUAUGGGACAGAAUGGAAGUAAAAGAGUAUGUAAUUAAGAUGAAGGAACAGACUUUGGCGUUGAUUAAUUAAUUCCCCUACUUUUUCUCUUCU